GUACUCGCGAACAGCACUUGCCCCUACAGUCUGUUACAGGCUAUACGGGGGAUCUUUGUCUUUGUGUGUCUAUGAGAGAGUGUGUGUGCCUAUGCGCGUGUUUUUGGUGGCAUUGUUUUGUAUAUUUCACAGGUUUUUUUUCUCCGAGUGCAGCGUUUCACCCUACAUGCUACACGGACAUUAGCACUACGGGUAUUUCGGCAGGAAAGUUAUCUCUCGUUUUUAUUAUAAUUGUCCAGGUUUUUAUUUGCAGCGAUGUGUUUUGUGUGUGUGUUUUAUUUUAACGUCCGCCACUGCGCUAUUUAAACCUCGAUGGCUUCGUCUUCAAUAGAAUUGGGCCGGCGUACGUAAUUGCAUCGUAAUCAUCGUCAUUCGUCCGGAUGUCGCCCGUUGUGGCGGUAGCAGUGGUGGUGGUGGCGGUGGUAGCCGCGCUAUAAAAGUGAGAAACGCAAGCUGCCUUUGCCCCUCGGCGUCCCGUGGCCAUGGACUGCGGUUGAGGUGGGCCCCCCUCUCACACCCCCCACACCCAAUCCAACCCGUCAACCCCGCCUCUCUCUCGUGGCUUGGCCACGGAAAACUCAAUUUCGAAGAGCGGGCUCCGGGCCGGCCACAUGUGCUUCGCGUCGAGGCGAGUAUCCAUGCGGCGGGCGAGGCGACAAGCGAACGGCAUGGUCCUUCUGCUCGCGACGCACCUCGUGGCGGCCAACAUGAGCGGCGGCGGCGGCAGCGGCGGAAUCGACCCUCCUCCCGGGAAGUGCCCGCAGCGCCAACUCGGUGUGCCCCUACCCACUGCGCAUAACAAGAGGAGGCAUCGACACGUCGUCAGCGGCGGCGGAGGAGGAGGAGGAACAGGCGGCGGACAUCACCACCACCACCCGCACCGCGAUGCGCCGGCGAUGGUCGCUUGUGCGGGCUGCCAGAACGAGUGGGCGGCUUCGUUCCCCAGCACCCCCUCCUUGGAGCAGCUCGGCGCAAAGAAAUGCGGUGGAGCUGGAGCUGGUGGAGCUGGUGGUGCUGGUGGCGGAGGUGGUGCUGGUGGUGGUGGCAAGACGCAGCACGCGGCCGACACGUGCUCGGUCAGCAGCAGCGACAGCAGCAGCCACUCGCCGCUGUGUCGCAUCUGCUUCCAGGGCCAGGAGCAGGGCGAGCUCUUGAGUCCCUGCCGAUGCGAUGGCUCCGUGCGCUGCACCCACCAGCCUUGCCUCGUCAAGUGGAUCAGCGAACGCGGCUCCUGGUCCUGCGAGCUCUGCUACUACAAGUACCAGGUCAUCCCCAUCAGCACCAAGAACCCGCUGCAGUGGCAAGCCAUCUCGCUGACCAUGAUCGAGAAGGUGCAGAUAGCGGCGGUCAUCCUGGGCUGCCUCUUCCUCGUGGCGAGCAUCCUGUGGCUCGUGUGGUCGGCGUUCAGCACCUCGGCCCGCUGGCAGCGCCAGGACAUGCUCUUCCAGAUCUGCUACGGCAUGUACGGCUUCAUGGACCUCGUGUGCAUUGGCCUGAUCAUCCACGAGGGGCCAGCAAUAUAUCGCAUCUUCAAGCGCUGGCGAGCCGUAAACCAGCGGUGGAAAGUGCUCAACUACGACAAGAUCAGGGACAAGUCGGACACGGCAGGCUCCACGACCACGACGGCAGUGAUGGCUGCGACGACAAUAUCCUCAACCGCGACGGCAACAGCGGCGGCAACCACGACCCCGGCAUCGGCAACGGUAGCCACGGCCGUGGCGACCCGAGCCACGAGCACGACAGCGGCGGUGGCGAACGGAGCGCAAGGGAACGCCCCGACGGCUCCUUCCUUCCUACGCCGGAGGAUUCGCGUCCUCGGAGUCUUCUCGGGCCCAUUCGGAUUCCACCACCACCACCACCAUGGCACGCCGCAACACUACGGCCACCACCAACGGCGAGGGCACCACCACCUCCACCACCACCACCUACACCACCACCACCUCCUCCACCACCAUCACCACCUCCUCCACCACCACCACCACCGGAGCGGCCCACGUCUCGGCCUGGGCCUCGGGCCGGGCAUGGGCGCAGGCCACGGCCGCUGCACCCACCCACUGCUGCAGAUGCUACAGAGGCUGCGGCAGUGCAACCGGGGGGGUGGGGGGGACCGGGGCGCCCGCGCCCGUCGCGAGCUCGUCAUGAGGGUCACCACUGUGUAGCCACUGUUGCCGCCUCACACGCGGCUGAGGGCCCAUGGGGAGUCGUUGGCAGCCCACCCUCGUGAUCGCCUCUAAGGUGGGGGGGGCUGACUUCGCCGGAAGGGCUUGCCAGUGGCCGCUACCAUGGACCGAAGUUUUGCAGUCGCUCCAGAGUGAACGUUUGAGGUGGUGUAAGCGCAGGUUGAGAGCAUUGGCUCUCAGUGGCUAAGCCACCAUGCCGAGACACCGCCACGACCACCACUCACUAAGAUCAGGAGUUGAAUUCCAGGCUCCUACUCGAAACAGAGUUGGAUUGUCCUUUGUGGUAGUUUCAGCCAUCGCCAAAAAUAGGUCCCGGAUGUGCACGCGUGCAGCACACGAGACGGCGCAUGCGCGUUUGCACGCAACCCGAGCGUAAUGAAAACCCGCAGGAGUGCCGGAUACAUGGCUGCCAGCAGGAGAGGGGCCACCAAUUAGCACGUUUUAGCUAUGUAAGGUGCGAAAGAAGUUAAAACGUGCGUCCAUACAUACGGAGGCUCAUCGGAGAGACAUCCGAAAGUGGCUUCUGUGGUGUCUCUGUGGUGCAAGGGUGCUUCAGGUGAUGCUCCGUGAUCUCCGGACGGUUCCAGAAACAGAUUCCUUCACUUCAUGCGGUGAUGUUAGCCCAUGGGAAUAGUACAGCGUGGGUGACCUGUAACGCAUUGGAGGCCACGAUUUACAUGCGACACAAUUAUUUAAAUGAUGGAAAGGUGUGGCGCUAUUAACGGUAUUGGUCGUGAUGACCUCUUGAACUUGAUUUGACCCAUUUAAUAUGUACACUGAAAGGAGGAUAUGUAAUGGUUUACAU